UUCGCGGCUGCAAAUGAUAUUUUAUUCAACAAACUAAAUGAAGCCACUAAAGAUUUUCUGUCUACUGUUGUUAUUGAUACAAAUAACAUGGUUACUAAUAUAAAUAACGUUAUUACUGAUACCAACGGCGUAAUUACCGAUAUUAAUUACAAAGUUACCGAUGGCUUUGAUAAAACGGACAAACGUCUUGCUAACAUGGAAGCUGCAUUGCAAAUUAUGCUUACACAGAAAGGAAACAACGUUACAGAUAAGGAUAUUGAAAGUUUAAAGCUCGAUCCGACUCGCUUCUAUAAAAGCAGUAAUCCCGAAAUAAGAAAGAAUAUUGAAAAACAAGUAUACAUUGGAGACUCCGUUGCAGUAAAAAAGCUGCCAAGUCCACCUGAUUUAAAUCUUGAUCUUCAACUAAGAAAUAUUGCAAAACAAGCAAAGAUUAUUAGUUUACUUAGCACCUGCAAUCAUAUCGAAAAAUUGCAAGCCGAUGGAAUGAAGCAUCUCUUUGUAGUUACUAAAUGGAUGAAAUAUGGAAACCUUCGAGAUUAUUUAAUCGAAAACAAACAAAUUGAAUGGUCGACUAAACUGGAGAUCGCAAAACAGAUUGCCCUGGGUCUUGAAUUUUGUAACGCAGCCAAUGUUUAUCAUCGCGAUGUCAAAAGAAGCGAAACUUCUUUAUCUGAAUCGAAUGACUUGGAUGAUCAAUUGAUGGACAUAGAAGAAGUAAAAAUACUCCAUGAAACGAAACAAUACAAGAAAGCAUAUCGCCAUUUCCUGAAGUUAGCACAUGGAAAUGACCCUAAAACUUUCCCAUUGGCCUCAUAUUAUGCGGGCAUUUAUCUCUUCGAAGGAACUUAUGAAAUCGAAUAUGAUGAAUUUCAAGCCUUUCAAUUAUUUAAAAGAUCGGCUAUCGGUGGUUGUGUAGAAGGCCAGUAUAUGUAUGCGUAUGUCUGUCUCAAAGGAGCCAAUUAUUAUAAGGAAGAAGGUAUAAAGUAUCUUAAAAUAGCUGCCAUGGCUAAAAAAUAUCCUGCUGCAUUAUAUAUGGUUGCGGAGAUGUUUUUAAAUGGAGAACACGGUUAUAAGGAAGAUCGUGGGAAAUAUAUAGAAUAUCUGAAGCAGGCAGCAGAAGCGGAGUAUCCCGAUGCUUUAUACGAUAUUUCCCGGAUAUAUUUGACGGGUGAAUAUAGUGAUUAUGGAUAUCUUAUUGACAAUGACAAAUACAAACAAUAUUUAAUGAAGGCUGCGGAAAAGGGGUCCGAAAAAGCAACAAAAGAACUUGCGAUGUUUGAAUUUUAA